AUGGCGCUGCUGCCUGCACCACCACCACCGACGUUCCCUACGCGCUUCCAGGCGACCGACGACGAUCUUGGCCACGUCGUCGCAGCGUCCACUGGCGCAGACCCCGCCGUCGUACCCGUAGCCUGGCCAACCGAAAUUACUGCAUCGGUUUCAAGCGAGGUUCUGACCGGCUCGCAUGGAUCGCGUGAUCGUGAGGCGGUGAUCGCGUGGAAGCUCAAGACGGAUAGGGAGCAAUACCUCGAGGCCUUGGGUAAGUUCAUCUCCUCGUGCUCUCGCAGUGUGGCAAUCUCCUCCAACACAGCACCUGACUUUGAAAUGCUAUAAUCUACCCUGCUACAAUGACAGAGACCAAGCUGACCAAGCUGGCUCAACCGGCCAAACUAGGCACGUCCAAGACCGACUCGGGCUACGGCGGUUCACACACGUCUCCCCAAGUCGGGCUCGAUCGACUACUCUUGAUGCACAACGACCUUCUCGACGAUAUCGAUGUUGAUCAACCCGUGCUUUCUACGACGCAUGAACAACCUGAACGGUCCACUGAUGAGGAUGACGAGGAUGAGGAUGACGAGGAGACGAGUCAAGGGAGGAGCCUCCUGUCACGUGCCGCCAAGCCCGGGGUUACCGAUGGUCUCAGGCGACCCGAGCCUUCUCCUGGCCAGACAAUACCGCGGGAGGAAGAGACGCCCUCAGCUUCACCGAGGAAGGACGAUAACAUCUUUGUCAUUCCACCGACACCGUCCCACGAGGAUGCGGAGGAGGCUCGGCAACGCGAGCAUUCGGCCGAAGCGGUCACGGAUGACCCCGAUGAAGAGAACGGAGACGGGCAGGACGACGAGGAGAUGCCGCCCCUCGAGUUCAAUCGACGACCCUCGACCCUUGACAACGAUCCAAAUUCGGCCCACUACCCUUCAGAGGACUCGUCUGAACAGCCUCGCCGCAUCAGCUUUUCGUCAUCGGUCCGCAUCUCGGGCGGUAUUCGGUCGAAAGGCCGCUCGUCGCGUACGCGCCAACGACCUGCGAUCCCGAGUGACCUGUUUAGUCCGGCCCCAUUGACUUCAUCUGCUCUGACGGCGGAAGACGUGGCGCGGAUGGGCUACAUGGCUCACCCGCUGCCUCGCAAUGCCUCGUUGAACCAAUCACGCAGCUCGUCCCGCACCAACUCCCCGUCUCGUGGGGCCACAACCGCCGGAAUCUCGAUCCUCCGCACCGUCUCUUCAUCUUCAUCACUGGGGAUCCACAACAGCUACCGCGAAGCGGCGAUCCUGAAUGGUGGAGCUUCGUCGGUCUACUCGUCCUCGGUCCCGUCCCGUUCCUCGUCGCCGUGUUCGUCGAUUUACGCACCUCUCAAGAGACCGUCAGAGACAUGUCCGAACCCCAUGUCGGUCAAACCACCUGCAAAACGAGUGCGUUCCCCACCACGAACCUCCGUGAGCGGGCUUAGUUUUCGCGAGUUCUUGCGCCUCAACGGAUUGUCGAGGUCGGGUGAUGCCGAUGGGACGGGAGCGGAGAAUGAGGAAUCGAUGGCCGAGCGAGGCUAUCGCGAACUUGUCGAGGAGCAACGUAGACGGAAGGAGAGGUUGGCUAAGAGGAAGAAGCAGCAUGGAGGUCGCGGCUCGUCUGUGUUGAACGGGGACCUGGGUCAAGACCCCACGGCGUCGCGAGGUUUUUGGGAUCGGGUGUGGGGGAUGUUGGGCAACGGGAGUGGCAGGUCGGGCGUCGGUCGGACUUCUUCGGGUGCAUUGUUGGGUGCUACACCGACAUCUCCGGAAUAUGGAACGACCGGAACUACGCCUCUGACGACAGAUGGGUCAAGGCGCGUCAAGAGGAACAGGAGCUCGUUGUCCAUCUCUUCGAGCGUCGCUGGCGAUCAGGGCUCGAGCGACGAAGGGGAAGCCGAGGAUCCGCGGACCAACUCGAACGCUCCACCCAGUCGAACGAGACCAACUUCAGGGUCGAAUGCCUCGGGCGAUACCAAAGAACGCAUCAAGAGUGAAGUCGAAGUGAGAUUCGGCUCGGCGCCGGGGAGAUGGUUCAGCUCUGGAUGGAUCUUGUGGAAAUUACGAGCGAUGGGUGGGGCGUGCUUGGGUGUACGGAAGAAAGUUCGAUCGAAACGUCGUGCACUCGUGUUCAGUAGUGCGAUCGAUACCUCGGACGAAGAGUCUGAUUUGCGCCGGGCGCAUCAAAGGGUUUGA